AGCGUAAGAUGGCGGCGGCGUUGGUGGCGGCAGUGGACGGGGCGGCUGGGCCUGGAACAGUCGGAGCAGCCGCUGGCAGAAGGAUGACCCGAGACGGGAAGGGGGCCGCUGAGCCUGGCCGGUUCCCGUGCUUGUAAUUGCCCCAGCCGGGUACCCCCCUCCCCCCCCGACCGAGACCCGGUCUGUGUCUUGUUCCGGCUCGGCCUGCCCCCCUCUCCUUGGCCGAUUCCCCCCCGCCCCAUUAGGAUGGGUCUGACCGCUUUCGCAAGCUGCUAGGGCUCAGGUCUUUCUCCUUCCUCGGCCCGAAUCACCGCCGGGACGACUGGUUGUCCUUAACUGUUCUCGGUCCUUCAGUGAGUCUCCAGACCUGUUUUCUCAGCUCAGCCCGGCCUCACUGCAGUGGUAGAGGAGGAAAGGCUGGCUGAAGCAAACGUCUUUCAAGAUGUCCAGCAAAGGGAGCAGCACGGAUGGGAAAACAGACUUAGCUAAUGGAAGCCUGUCCAGCAGUCCAGAGGAGAUGUCAGGAACUGAAGAGGGAAAGGAGACAUCCUCAGGCAUUGAAGUGGAGGCCUCAGAUCUGAGUUUGAGCUUGACUGCGGACGAUGGUGGCCCUAAUCGCACCAGCACAGAAAGCCGAGGUACAGACACAGAGAGCUCAGGUGAAGACAAGGACUCUGACAGCAUGGAGGACACUGGCCAUUACUCCAUCAAUGAUGAGAACCGAGCCCAUGAUCGCUCAGAGGAAGAGGAAGAUGAAGAAGAGCAGCCUCGGCACCGUGUACAGCGCAAGCGGGCCAACCGUGAUCAGGACUCAUCAGAUGAUGAGCGGGCCCUGGAGGACUGGGUGUCCUCAGAGACAACAGCCCUGCCCCGACCCCGCUGGCAAGCCCUUCCUGCCCUCCGGGAGCGUGAGCUGGGUUCAAGUGCCCGCUUUGUGUAUGAGGCCUGUGGGGCAAGAGUCUUUGUGCAGCGUUUCCGCCUGCAGCAUGGGCUUGAGGGCCAUACCGGGUGUGUAAAUACCCUGCACUUUAACCAACGCGGCACCUGGCUGGCCAGUGGCAGUGAUGACCUCAAGGUGGUGGUAUGGGAUUGGGUGCGGCGACAGCCGGUUCUGGACUUUGAGAGCGGCCACAAAAGUAAUGUCUUCCAGGCCAAGUUCCUGCCCAACAGUGGUGACUCCACCCUCGCCAUGUGUGCCCGAGAUGGGCAGGUGCGGGUAGCAGAAUUGUCUGCCACACAGUGCUGCAAGAAUACGAAGCGCGUAGCCCAGCACAAAGGAGCGUCGCACAAGUUGGCCCUGGAGCCGGACUCUCCCUGUACGUUCCUGUCUGCAGGUGAAGAUGCUGUAGUUUUCACCAUUGACCUGAGACAAGACCGGCCAGCUUCGAAACUGGUGGUGACAAAAGAAAAAGAGAAGAAAGUGGGGCUGUAUACAAUUUAUGUGAAUCCUGCCAAUACCCACCAGUUUGCAGUGGGAGGACGAGAUCAGUUUGUGAGGAUUUAUGACCAGAGAAAAAUUAAUGAGAAUGAGAACAAUGGAGUACUCAAGAAAUUCUGUCCUCAUCACCUGGUGAACAGUGAGUCCAAAGCAAACAUCACCUGUCUUGUGUACAGCCACGACGGCACAGAACUCCUGGCCAGUUACAAUGAUGAAGACAUUUACCUCUUCAACUCCUCUCACAGCGACGGGGCUCAGUAUGUUAAGAGAUAUAAGGGUCACAGAAAUAACGCCACAGUAAAAGGUGUCAAUUUCUAUGGCCCCAAGAGUGAGUUUGUGGUGAGCGGUAGUGACUGCGGGCACAUCUUCCUGUGGGAGAAAUCAUCCUGCCAGAUCAUUCAGUUCAUGGAGGGGGACAAGGGAGGCGUGGUAAACUGUCUCGAGCCCCACCCUCACCUUCCUGUGCUGGCUACCAGUGGCCUGGAUCAUGAUGUGAAGAUCUGGGCGCCCACAGCUGAAUCCUCCACUGAGCUGACAGGGUUAAAGGAUGUGAUCAAGAAGAACAAGCGAGAGCGGGAUGAAGAUAGCUUGCACCACACUGACCUGUUUGAUAGCCACAUGCUGUGGUUCCUCAUGCAUCACCUGAGACAGAGACGCCAUCACCGGCGCUGGCGAGAACCUGGGGUUGGGGCCACAGAUGCAGACUCUGAUGAGUCUCCCAGCUCCUCAGACACAUCGGACGAGGAAGAGGGCCCUGACCGGGUGCAGUGUAUGCCAUCCUGAGGCUUCACACCUAGGAGGGUUGGGCUGAACUACCAACCCAAACCUGCCUGGGCAACCCUUUCCUUGUCCCAGGCCCCUACAUUCAGCAAAAGAGCACUUUGGACUUUUUGCUUUAGAUAAAAAAAAAAAAAGAAGGACAUCCCAGGAAAAGGUCAAACCAGAGGGGAAUGAACCAAAAGAGAGAAUUUAGGAAUGGGAAUUGAGCCCUGGAAUGGAGUUCCAUGGAGCUAUGCAUAGCACUCAGCAGAAACGGCCUCUACCCAGAGUCUUUUGAGGGGUGGGGGUGGGGGUCCUAUUUUGCUAACUGGGUUAGGCUAGGGAACGGGGCUUCCUUUUCUUUACUCUCCCUUGUUUCUUGGGCAGGGGGUGGGGAAAACAACUGACUGAACCAAGGGGCCAGAGUGGGCAGUAGGAGACCACUCUGUCUUUGGUUUAGGUUUUUGACCUUUUCUUCCUUUGUUUUUUUUAUGUAUUUGACAGUUUGUUUCUUCCCUCCUGAGCAGUCCCAUCCCAGAACCCUGUUUUUCAAGGAAGACCUAGAGCCCCUAAGCAUCCCGCUCUUCACUUUCCAUACCUUAUUCACUUCCUGUACUUACCACAGUGUUUUGCACUUGAUUAUGUAUCCUUCACUCUCUUCAUCCCAUCACCCCCUAAACAGAUAGAGGGAGGGAGGCUGGGGAGAGGUGGGAGGCAGGCCUGGCAGUGGAGGAAAACUAGGAAGGAUGUUACCUCUUCUGUUAUUUUGUUUAAGUUGUUUGGUGGCAGCAGUCUCCCUGUCCUUAUCACUGUUAGAGGCCUAAUUUUCUAUCUAUAAAUAUGUUUAAAAAGCAAGUCAAACUUGGAUGUAUCAAGUUAAAAUUAUUGUCAAAGUUUAAAUACCUAUAUAUUCUUUAUGAAUGAAAUAAAGGGACUUAAAGAGUGAGCAAGAGUACUGAUGUGGAGGUGACACUUGCGGUCAGCUUACCUUGAGAAAUAGCCACUGGGCCACUGGAGCUUGGGGCUUACCCCUUAGACUUUAGGAGGCUCGAAUAUGGAAGAAUCCUCAAUUCUGCCUUUCCCUGCUCACCUGCCUUGCAGUGAAGGUUCAGAAAAACAGGAAAUUCCUCUCAACUCUUUGCCUCAGAUCUCCUACCUCUCUUAAAGUCUCUCGGGGGUUCCCAGGAUGGCUCUUCUCACCAGAGGCUGGCCUGUCUUUAAAACUUGACUGAACUGUAACUUCAGGAAGGGCACAGCCACUGCAGACUGUCCUGAUACUGCAUAUCACACACA